UGAAAUUCAUUCUUGUUAUUAGCUCCGUGGCUGCGAUAUGUCCCAUCCCAUAGGAAUGUUUGAAGGCUUGUAAACAAUCUUUUGGAGUGACUUCAAAGUUUAUUGCAAGACCAGAAUGGCUUCAAAUGCAAAGCAAGAUGUCCAGUCAGAUGAGGCUGAAGUGGAGGAGCAAAUUUCUCCCGAAGAGGAGCGUGCACUGCAUGAACUUUUCGAAAAGCUUGACAUGAAUGCAGACGGGAAGAUUGACUUGAGCGACUUGACGAAAGCAAUGGAAACAAUGCAAUUACCGCAGGUUCCCGGGCACGCUCAGGAGUUUUUCCGAAAGUAUGACAAGGAUGCAGAUGGACAGAUUGAUUUCCCUGAGUUUGUGAAGUAUGUGAAGGAACACGAGAAAGAUCUGAGGUCGUAUUUCACCAAGAUUGAUACAAACUCCGAUGGAACGAUUGAUGCCGGAGAAAUUGUGGAAUCCUUCAAAAAGAUGGGCGUACACAUUGAGAAAGGAGAGGCUCAAAAACUGCUGAAAAGGUGA